UUUUUCUUCUUUAAGCACAUAAUAGAGAACAACGAGUGUCCAGCCCAAGUCCAGCCACGUGGUUACAGCUUUAGUCAGUAGAGGGAGUAUGGACACAUGGGUUAAAGCCACACAGCCAUGACAUCCAAGAGGAUUAACUUUCUCCUAAAAUUCCUCUUUUGUCUGCAAAGCCAGGGAGGACACAGCCUUCUCCUCUUCUCUGAGGAAGCUGAGAAAGUGACUCUGUGCAUGACUUACAGCCAAACAUAGAUGUUGCAAAGAGCAUCCUGCAGAGCAAGAACUUGCUGGGUGAAGGAUCUUGCAGAAGAAGGAACCUAAUGGUCUGUGAGCUUUCUGCUUGAACACCCACCAAGCUGGUGCAGAAGCAGAGGAGUGAUUUGGGGGCUCUGAUGAAUGGUACAGUCCAAGAGUUUGAGAUGGAGUUCAGGAUUUAACAGGCUGUGGAACUCUGGAUUCUUUCAAGUCUGCAGAGCAUGGAUUUAGAAUAUCAGAAGGAAGAGCUGCUGUAUUCCAAGCCAUCAAAUUCCUAAAGCAUAAAGGAUUAAUUUAGCAAAAGGUUAAGUUAUCACAGAAGUUCUGAGAAAUAGGGGAGAGGAGAAGAAUUUUCUCUUUCUUGCAUUAAUCACCUGGGCUGUGCCAUUUCCAACUGAAAAAAUCCUGUGAGAGCAUGCCUUGCAGAGUGUGUGACAAUGGAAGAAGAGGUGCACCAUCAAGAAGCCUGAAGAGUGACACCAGGACAGCUCUUGAGACACUGGCAGUAGCAGCCUGAGCUACAGGAGACUGGAAUCAUGCUGAAACCAAGUGGACUUAAAAUCCCAGGCAGGGCUGGGAAGCACUCCAGCCCCGUGGGACGGGCAUCAGGGAGCACUGCAGCUGCUGUCACCACUGGCUCCAAGGAAGGCUCCCCUUUACACAAGCAGGGUACCACGUCCACCACCAGCGCCGAGAAGUCGGGUUCGAAGGUUGCCGAGGUGGGCGAUGAUUUCCUGGGAGACUUUGUGGUGGGUGAGCGCGUCUGGGUGAACGGAGUGAAGCCAGGUGUGAUCCAGUACCUUGGGGAGACGCAGUUUGCUCCAGGCCAGUGGGCAGGGGUUGUUCUGGAUGACCCUGUGGGCAAGAAUGACGGCUCUGUCGGAGGAGUGCGGUACUUCGAGUGCCAGCCGCUGCAGGGGAUUUUUACGCGACCGUCCAAGCUGACGCGGCAGCCGGUGGCCGAGGGCUCGGGGAGUGACGCCCCCUCCGUGGACUCCCUGACAGCUCAGAACUUGUCACUGCACUCUGGAACAGCCACACCACCCCUGUCCAGCCGUGUGAUCCCGCUGAGGGAGAGCGUCCUGAACAGCGCCAUGAAAACGGGCAACGAGUCCGGAUCCAACCUGUCGGACAGCGGCUCUGUGAAAAAAGGGGAGAAGGACUUGCGGCUUGGGGAUCGUGUGCUGGUCGGUGGGACGAAGACGGGAGUCGUGCGCUACGUGGGAGAGACGGACUUUGCCAAAGGAGAGUGGUGUGGAGUGGAGCUGGAUGAGCCCCUGGGCAAGAAUGAUGGGGCAGUUGCUGGUACAAGGUACUUCCAGUGCCCUCCCAAGUUUGGCCUCUUUGCUCCCAUCCACAAGGUGAUCCGGAUUGGGUUCCCAUCAACCAGCCCUGCCAAGGCCAAGAAGAGCAAGAGGAUGGCCAUGGGAGUGUCAGCCCUGACCCACAGCCCCAGCAGCUCCUCCAUCAGCUCUGUCAGCUCCGUGGCCUCGUCGGUGGGGGGCAGGCCCAGCCGCAGUGGGCUGCUGACAGAGACCUCUUCUCGAUACGCCCGCAAGAUCUCAGGCACCACAGCUCUGCAGGAGGCACUGAAGGAGAAGCAGCAGCACAUUGAACAGCUGCUGGCAGAGAGGGACCUGGAGAGGGCAGAGGUUGCCAAAGCCACCAGCCACAUCUGUGAGGUGGAGAAGGAGAUUGCAAUCAUGAAGGCCCAGCACGAGCAGUAUGUCACAGAGGCAGAAGGAAACCUCCAGCGAGCACGAGCCUUGGUGGAUGGGAUGCAGAAGGAGAAAAUUGAGCUGUUGAACCAGCUGGAAGAGGAGAAGAGGAAAGUGGAGGACUUGCAGUUCCGUGUGGAGGAAGAAUCCAUUACCAAAGGGGAUCUGGAGACUCAGACGCAGUUGGAGCAUGCCCGAAUUCGGGAGCUCGAGCAGAGCCUGCUGUUUGAGAAGGCACAGGCUGAGAAACUCCUCAGAGAAUUAGAGGACACCAGGUUAACCACGGUGGCAGAGCAGUCCAGGAUCCUGCAGCUGGAGGAGGAGCUGAGCCUCAGGCGCAGCGAGGUGGACGAGCUCCGGCAGUGCCUGCAGAGCUCCCAGCAGGCUGAGAGCCCUGAGCACAGCCUGGGCUUGCACUCAGAGGCUCUUCGCUUGAGGGAUCAGCUGCUGGCUGUCAACAAGGAGCAUCAGAAGGAGAGCAGCCAGCUGAAGGAGAAGUAUGAGAAGACACUCAAGAAGUACCAGCAGGAGAUGGAGAAGCUGAAGUCUGUCAAUGAGAAAUACUCGCAGGAGAUUGUUGACCUAAAGCAUAAAGUUCAGCAAGCCACUAAUGAGAACAUGGGGCUCAUGGACAACUGGAAAUCCAAGUUGGACACGUUAGCUUCUGACCACCAGAAAUCUCUGGAGGACCUGAAAGCCACACUGAACUCAGGCCCUGACACCCAGCAGAAGGAGAUUGUGGAGCUGAAGGCAGUGGUGGAGAGUAUAAAGUUGGAGCAUCAGCUUGAGUUGGAGAACCUGAAAGCAAAGCACGACAUUGAGACAGCUGUCCAUAUAAAGGAGAAAGAGAGUCUCAAACUGAAGCUGCAGGAGGCUUUAGAUGAAGUGGAAAAAAGCAACAGCAACUGGAAAGUGCAACUGGAAACCAAAAGCAGUCAGCACCUUCUUGAGCUCCAAGAUGUGAAGGACAAGUGUCGAGAUGCUGAGCUGAGGGUGCAUGAACUGGAGAAACUUCAUAGUGAAUAUACAGAUCAGACAGAAGCAAUAGCUUUCUUGAAAGAGCAGAUAUCUUUGGCUGAAAAGAAGAUGUUGGACUAUGAAACAUUACAGAAAACAGAAGCCCACAGCAAACAGGAAAUCCAAAGAUUGCAGGAAAAAGUGCUUGUCUUAGAGAACAAGCUGCAGUCCAUGGAGGCCCUGCAUCCUUCUCAGCAUGCAAAUAUGAUUGAGACUAAUGAUAUUUCAGAAGAAAAGAUCAAGAUGAAGCAGACUAUGGAAGACCUCCAAGACAAGCUGAGUAAAAGAGACAAAGAGGUGUCAUCCCUGGUGACCCAGACUGAAACUCUAAGGGCCCAAGUAAGUGCUCUGGAAAAUAAAUGCAAAACAGCAGAAAAGAAAGCUGAUACAGUGUUCAAAGAAAAGAAGAGGUUGGAAGGAGAACUGGAAGCCUUGACCAAGAAAACACAUGAUGCCUCAGGGCAGCUGGUGCUGAUCAGCCAGGAGCUGCUCAAGAAGGAAAGGAGCCUGAACGAGCUGAGAGCUUUGCUGCUGGAGGCAAACCGGCACUCCCCGGGGCCGGAGCGCGACCUCAGCCGGGAAGUGCACAAAGCUGAGUGGCGCCUGAAGGAGCAGAAGCUCAAAGAUGACAUCAAGGGGCUCCGAGAGAAGCUGGUUGUGCUGGACAAGGAGAAGUCAGUGACGGAGCAGCGGCGGUUCUCCCUGAUCGACCCCUCCUCGGAGUCGGAGGUGAUCCGGCUGCAGCACCGGCUGGUCAGCACCGAGGAUGUGCUGCGCAACGCCCUGGAGCAGGGACACCAGAUGGAGAAGCUGAUGGAGGCAAUGAGACUCUCCUCUGAGAAAACACAGACUGUUGGAAAUUCUGGUUCUGCUAAUGGGAUUCACCAGCAGGAUAAAUCCCACAAGCAAGAGGAGAAGCUCUGAUGGAGAAGAGGUGAGAAGGAUCAUUUCACGCCAGUAUCAGCUCCUCUGCACAGUCAGGAAAAACAGCACCAUAUCUGGCUUUAGCACCUCCAAAAGACCACUCAGUAUUUUCACUUUAAAGCAGGACAAUGUUUAUAAUGUACUAACUGAUGUAAUCAGGACAAUCCCAGAGUCCAGUUUUCCAAGACAGCCAUUGUUCCAGGAGGGAGCAGAAAGACCUCUCUGGGUUUGGUUUCUUACUUGUAUUGGUUUUGACUGUGGAAUUUGUAUUGUUUGGGCUGCCCUUGUCCCACCAGCUGACAUGGUUUGGAUGACAGCUGCCCUGACCUGUGGCUGAAGUGUCAGUGGGUCCCAGUAACCCCACAGGAGCUGCAAAGGGAUUUGCCUGUGGUGUUCAAAGCAUGUGCCCAUAGGCUGCACCCUUCCCACAGGGUCUGUCCCUUCCCUCCCCAUACCCUGGUGUCCUGAGGACCUGCACAAGUGAGUGAAACCUGCUGGGCUGGUGAUGUGAGGUCUGGGGACAUGUUCCCCUCCUCCCUUUGUGGAAGACAUCACUGUUUUAGAGCAGAGGCUGCACUUAGUUCUUGUAUUACAGCAUGUUGUGGGAAAUAAUCCAGUUUCAGAGGGAUAUUUAUUUUGUUUCUUCUCCCCUGCUGUUUGGGAAGAAGCUGUGAUGGCUCUGAGUUUGGGGUCAGGCACACCUUGCCUGGGUGUUUUGUGCUGCAGUGAGAUCUCUGAGCAGGCCUGCUGGAGUCCUGUGCCAUAGCCAGCUGUCCAGGUGUCCCUCACUCCUGGGGGCUUCACUGGGUCUGUCCUGAACUCAGGACUCCACAGAUGCAGAUCUCAGCAUCCCUGGCCUUGGAGCUCCAUGCUGGGGGCAGUCAGUGUGGGACAGAUGCAUUGAGCAAAUGGUUCCCUCCUUGCCUGUUUAAUUUAACAGCUAACUGCAGAUUGCCUGGUGCUUCCCAGAGUGUCCUUGGCUUUCAGUGUGAUGCCCAUCCCUGCUACCCAGGAUGGAUGAGGUGGAGGUGCUGCUGUGAGCCUGACUAUGAUGGUUUCAGCAAUCCUCUGUGCCAUGCUGUGUGAGUAUUUGGAGCAGAGGCAAUCCAAGACUGGAGCUCACACAGCUUUGUGUCUGUACUAGCAGAGGAUUUUGUUCUUUCUCCCCAAGGCUUUACUCUGACUUUGCACCACAGCUCCCAAGCAAUAUUAGGGCAGAGGAAGGUGACAACAUGCUCCUAAAGGUGUGAAAGAGCCCAGCUCAGGUUCAGUAGCACAGGGAACAGUCACAGCAAUAUUCUUCCAGGCUUCUCCCAGUUAGUGUCCAGCUCCUCCAGUCUUCAUGAGCUCUUGUGCUAUGAUGGGGCAUCUGUGAAAGGACAAGAUGGGAGAGGAGAUGUGAGCCAGACCCCCAGCAGCUGAACAUGAUGGCACAUCUGACUGGGAAUAAUUAAUGUAGGAUUCCAUCCUGCCUGUUGAAGUGUUUCCUCAGCUCUUGCUAAUCACCAGGAAGGUUACUACAUAUCUGCCAAGCUCUGGGAGUUUCCCAGGGGAUUGUAGGAGUGGUCUCCAAAACCCUCCUGGUUGAGUAUUCAUCUUCUGAGUGAUUUUGGAAAGUCCCAGAGGGAUUUUUUUAUUUGUUACAGCCCUCAAUAGUGAAUACCUCACUGCUGUUGUUAAGAAUUUAGAGCUGAUGUUUCCCAAAAUGCUCCUGUUGGCUGCAUGGUCUCUGAAGUCAUGUCUGCAGAACCCAUGGCCUUCCUGGGCACCUGCAAGAGGGAGGCCCCACUCUGGUUUGUAACUUAUUUUCCCUUAUGGGCCUUCUAGUGACUUGUGACCAGCUACCUACAGCAGAGAUGAGUGUGUUUUCCACCCCCUUGGGCUCUGUACAGAGUGGGAUCCCCUGGGAGUGGUGGGACCAUAUGUUUGGUUCUGUUGAUCAGAUCUAAAGUUGUCAGGCUGGAAGAGUCUCUGGCUCCUGCCUCUUCCCAGGGACCAUCCCCUGAGAACAGCUCAGACCUGUGGCUUUUCCCAUUCAAUUGGGAGACAAUGCAGAACAGGAAGAGAUGGGUUCAGACCAGGUUCAGAGUUAGUGCUGAUGGUCUUUUCUGGCUGUAAAUGACUCUGCUGGUCCCUGAGGAUCAGCCAGGAGCUGUUGGCACUGCUUGGCUCUCUGUGCUCACUGUGCUGCAGGGCUGAGGGUUGAUGCCCCCCACCCCAUGGGAACUGCUCCCAAAUGGAACCAUCCACAAUGCCAACAGGAAAUGCUGUUGUGUGCUCAUGUGGGCUUCAGCUCAGCCCUGUGUAAGGGGCCAGGAGGGGCUGGACUCACUCACUUCCUCUCCAAAAUUAGCACAGGCUUCCCCAGGCACCAGCCUCUGGCUGCCCUUCUGAGGGGGUAAGAGACCAUACUAGGGACAAACUUGGACAGGACAAAGGGGGAGAUUCCCCAGCCCCUCUAUUUAUUUGUAAGUUUAAGUGCUAUUUUUACCUAUGUGGUGGUGUAUAAAGUACUUCAUGAUAUUUGGUCUUACUGGCUUGGUUCUCUGGGAGAGAGUUCAGGGCAGGGGAGCAGUGGUGCACCCUUGUCCUGUUGUUGAUCCAGGCUGGUUCCUGUUUGUGCCUUCACUCCCCCUUUGGCUUCAGCCUUGCUCUUACCUCGAUCCCUGAGAGCUGGUAAGGGAGGGCUGUGCUUUCCCCAGCCUUUCUCCCAGCCUGAGAAUGCUGUGCUGGUUUUCCAUCUGGAAAUGGGUCCUGAGCACCCUCUGAGCCCCAGAGCACUGGUGCAGGGUGGGGAGCAGGACGUGACACGCUGCUGGAGCCCUGGGCUCAGGGAAGGACCAGGCAUUACCCUGACAGGGAUGCUUUUCUGCUGAGGGCUGAGCCUUUAUCCAGUGAAAAAACAGCCUUUGGAAUGGAGACUACUUAGUAUUGAGUGAUCUCUAACUCUCAAGACCAAAGGGAAAAGAACCAGUCUUGCUUGGGAAUGUCAGCCUUGUCCCUCCUGCAGCAUCCAGAGAGCUGGAGCAAGGGGCAGCACCAUGCUGGUGCCCUGUGGAAUGAUGGUACCAAGCUGCCUGGGUGUUACAGCUCUUGGAAUGACAGGUGCCAAGCUGCCAGCCAAGGCCUUACAGCUCCUGCCUCCCCCCAGCCACCAGCAGCUCCUCUUGCAGUAGAGAUGCAUAAGGUUUCAUUAAACAAAAUGAUGCAAAUGACACUGUAAAAGUCUUAAUGAAAACUCCAGUACUCCGUUAUUCAGCAGCUUUAGCAGCUCAGCACUAUCUGUAGGGAGUUAUUAAUACACUAAGAUCCUAUAGGCCUCCUGUAAGUUACCAGAGAAAAGAUGAUACUAGAUGUAUAAAUGGAUAAUAACCUUUUACCCAUACAGUAUGUAUUACAAUUUUGUAGCUUAGUCAUUUUUUGGCUAUCAGAUUUUGUUAGUAUGAUACAAAAAAAAAGACAAAGUUUUGACUGCUAAUGUCUAUUUUGUUAUUUGAUUCAUUUUCUUCCUCUGUACAAAUGUCUGUGUAACUCCUCCACAUCUGUAUUCAUGUACCAUCCCCCUUGUCCUGGCUUGCUGGUGUGGUGAGCUCCUACUAAACAAUAAACUCUGUGGCUGAAGUUGGA